AUGGCGGCGCCAAUUAUACGGAGGGCGUGCAUGUACGUACCCUCCUCCUCCAAGCGCAUGCUCGAAAAGUCCUUCGCCAUGACCGCCGACAACGUAACCUACGACCUCGAAGACAGCGUCGCCCCGCACAUGAAGCCCGAAGCGCGCUCCAACCUCCGUUCCAUCCUCAACAAGCCCCGACCCGCUAGCAUAAAAGAGAUGUGCGUAAGGAUAAACAGCGUAGACACAGGCCUCGCGCUGGAUGACCUGACCGAAGUGCUCAAAGGCGAGCACCUCGAUGCCAUCAUGCUGCCCAAGUGCGAAAGCGCUGCAGACCUGCAUUUCGUCACGGACGUGAUACGGCAUCUCUCGCCCGACCGCCAUCCUAGUGCAGGGACGCAAGGGAACAGGGAGCCUGUGCGCAUAAUAGCGCUGAUAGAGAGCGCAAAGGCGAUUCAGAAUCUGAGUGAGAUUUGCGCGGCUUCGCCGUAUAUUUCGGGGCUUGUCUUUGCGGCAGAGGACUUUGCAAAGGAUAUGAGUCUCACACGUACACCCUCGCUCAUGGAGUUUUUGUAUGCAAGGAGUGCGAUUGCGACGGCGGCGAGGGCUGCCAGACUUCCUAGUACUAUUGACUUGGUAUGUACGAGCUACAAGGGCGAGCAGGGGCUCAAGACACUGGAGGAAGAGUGUUUGAAUGGCAAAGGGCUCGGGUUCAACGGCAAGCAAUGCAUACACCCAAGUCAAGUCGCCGUGUGCCAUAAAGCGUUCAGCCCUGGGGAGAAGGAGCUCGAGUGGGCGACGAGGGUAGUCAUAGCGGAUGAGAAGGCAAGCAAAGCUGGACGAGGGGCCUGGACAUUGGAUGGCAAGAUGAUCGAUGCGCCAGUCGUGAAGAAGGCGCAUGCGAUACUGAGACAUGCUGAGGUAUGUGAGAUGGAUGUAAGUGCUGUCAAGGAGACAUGGAAGGGACAGGAGCCUGAGUAG